AUGAAGGUCUCGCAGCGCCCUCCUCAACGUCCUUCCAGUGCGGAGUGUGGCAGCCUGCGUGGAGGCCUGCGGCCUGUCGCGGGGCCCUUUGCAGACCCCCUGUCCCGCAGGGCCUGGCCCCGUGUUCCUGGAGUGGGGGGCUGCUCCCUUGAAAGCCUUCCCCAGCCGUCCCCCAGCAAAGCCCUGCACAGCUGCGAGGGGAAGGAGCCCGGGGACCUCAGGCUCAGCGAGGGGGACGUCAUGGUCUUGCAGCACCGGGUGGACGAGCGCUGGUACCACGGCCUCCUGCCCGCCAGCCACGUCCAGGGCGUGCGGCCCCUGCCCCAGGCCCCGCCCCAGGGCAAAGCACUCUAUGAUUUCGAGAUGAAGGACAGAGACCAGGACAAGGACUGUCUGACCUUCGGCAAGGAUGAAGUCCUGACUGUAAUCAGAAGAGUGGACGACAACUGGGCGGAGGGAAUGCUGGGAGACAAGAUCGGGAUCUUCCCCCUGCUGUACGUGGAGCUCAAUGAUGCCGCCAAGCAGCUGAUGGAGAUGGACAGGCUGGGCCCGGCCUCAGCGUCCGGCUGCCUCGCCUUCGUGCCCUCUGACCCCGGUGCGGGGGCCAGCGCGGCCCCGGGUCCCACUUCAGGCAGCACGGGGGCGGUCAGCGCCUUCCAGCGGCGUGUGGACAGUAAGAAGAAUGCCAAGAAGCGGCACUCCUUCACGGCGCUCAGCGUGACGCACAGGUCCACACAGGCCACCAGCCACAGGCGCUCCAUGGAGAUCAGCGCCCCCGUGCUGAUCAGCUCCAGCGACCCACGGGCCGCGGCCAGGAUCGGGGACCUGGCGCACCUGUCCCGCAGCGCCCCCACCCAGGACGCCUCGGCUGGAUGCACCCCAGCGGCUGAACAGCAGGGCACGGCUCCCAAAGUCCAGCUGCCCCUCAACGUGUACCUGGCGCUCUACGCCUACAAGCCCCAGAAGAGCGACGAGCUGGAGCUGCGCAAGGGCGACACGUACCGCGUGCUGGAGAAGUGUCGGGACGGCUGGUUCAAGGGCACAGCCCUGCGGACGGGGCUCUCGGGCGUGUUCCCGGGGAACUACGUGACGCCCGUCUCUAGGGUUCCUGUAGGCGGGGCUGGGCCACCCCGGAAUAAUGCGGUCGGAGGGUCUCCGCUGGCCAAGGGGAUGGCCACAACCCUUCACCCAGGCGGUGGGAGUCUGAGUAGCCCGGCCACGGCCCUGAGGCCAGCCCUCCCCCUCACCAUGGCCCAGGCUCCGGCCCAGCACCAGGCAGUCUCGCCCGCACUGAGCAGUUGUCUGCGGCACUCAGUUCAGCCGGCGGCCAGCCAAGCCCGGAGCGCCGGCCCCCCUGCUGCCCACCCGGCCCAGGUGCAGGGCCGGCCCACCGCCGCGGUGUCGCCCCUGCGCGCCCAGAGCCUGCCCGCCAUCGGGUCCCCGCAGCACAGCCCCCGGCCAGCCAUCCCGCUCUCGUCGGCAGCCUCGGCCGUCACUCCUCCCAACGUCAGCGCCGUCCACCUCCACGGGGAGGCCGGAGCGGGCCCUGCCGGCGGCCGGUCGGCACGCAGCCCCACCAGUGCAGGAGGUAGACCCGACGAGAGGAGGAGCGAAAGGAAAGACAAGAAGCCCGGGCUGCUGAAGCUGCUGGCCGGCGCGUCCACCAGGAGGAAGUCGCGCUCCCCGCCGUCCACCUCUCCCACCCACGACCCCCGGGCAGCGGUGGACGCCUCACUCCAGGGCGCGGUGGGGCCCGAAGUGUCCUCACUGUCCGUCCACGGCAGGGCCGGGUCCUGCCCCGUUGAGGGCGAGAUGCAGGGGGCCUUGGGGUUGGAGCCGCUGCACAGGAAGGCGGGCUCCUUGGAUCUGAGCUUCCCGUCGCCCUCCCGGCAGGCCCCUCUCUCCGCGGCCGCCAUCCGCCCCGAGCCCAAGCUGCUGCCCAGAGAGAGGUACCGCGUGGUGGUCUCAUACCCGCCCCAGAGCGAGGCGGAGAUCGAGCUGAAGGAAGGGGACGUGGUCUUCGUGCACAAGAAGCGCGAGGACGGCUGGUACAAGGGGACCCUGCAGAGGAAUGGCCGCACCGGCCUCUUCCCCGGCAGCUUCGUGGAGAGCUUCUGA